ACCAAAAACAAAAAAAAAAAAAGGAUAUAACUAUUAUUAGUCGUUUUGUUUUGUUUUUAAUUUUUUUUUUUUCGUCAAUUGAUUGUGAUUUUGAAACUGUGUGAUCGCAAAAGAAUUAAACUGCAAAUUAACAAAAAAAGAAAGUUCCUUAAGCAAGUGAUAAUAUCCGAUAUAGAACUCUAAAGACAACGACAACAAAAGGGGAUCUAUAUAUAUAUAUAUAUAUAUACAUUAUCUAUAUAUGUACCUUGAUCUGUAACAAUCGAGGACUACAAAGGAAAACCCAUAUACGCACUCCUAUAUAUCAAUCUAUAUAUAUAUAUCGAAAUAUAUAUUCCGUCAAAGUCUGGGCCAAAGCAGCAUGCAAAUAUGAUUUCCGUAGUGCCAACGUCCAAGAUCCUGCUAUUGCUGGCCUCAUUUUUUGUAGUGCUGGCUUCCCUGAACCUAAUCAGUAAUUGGAUGCAGUUGCCCAAGGUGGGGGCCAGUCCAGUUACCUUCACAGAUCCCCGACGGGAUAACACACCUCGAAGAUUCUGCGCCGAUAUACUAGCCGAUGAAAUACAUUUGGUUUGCGCCGGACAGUUUUUAUCCCUAAGCGAUGCUUUUCCCAACAGUUUUGGGAAUCGGAGUAAACGUCAAGGAUCAUCGGAUGGGUCCUUAACUCGCAAUUGUUGUAUUAACAAAUGCAGUUACGCCCAACUCCGGCAGUACUGUGCCCCAUCAAGCGAUAAUCCCUAAACGGGAUAACUCUAUCUAUCAUACACAUCCAUACAUAUAUCCUCCACAAUUUCCCACAAUUCAGUUAUCAUCAGAAAGAAAGAUAAUAUCAAGAAGCAGUCUCCCAUAGAGUCCACUAAGUAUAUGUUACAUAUUACACUAAUUUAAACUAUACACUAACUAAAUUCUGUACAAUAAUAAAAAUCCAACAAGCAAAAUAAUGAAUGAAAA